AUGUCCUGGCAAUUUCGACUCGGUUCGCGCGCCCGGGCAGCCCCGUUGCGGGCGUCGGUGACCCGGCCGAAUGCACCCACCAUGACUCAAACCACCGUUUCCUACGGCACCCGGACUCUCUCAGUCAAGUCUGGCAAAUGCCUUAACCUCGACAACAUUAAUCCUCACAUCCGGGAGGCCAAGUACGCCGUGCGUGGUGAAUUGGCCGUCAAGGCGGAGUCAUACCGGUCUCGCCUGGCCGAAGGCGACAAGUCCCUCCCGUUCGAGAGCGUCAUCUUCGCCAACAUCGGAAACCCACAGCAACUCGACCAGAAGCCCAUCACCUUCUUCCGACAGGUCCUCAGUCUCGUCGAGAACCCCCUGUUGCUGGAGAACCCCGAAGCCCUCAAGACGUCCUUCGGAUACAAGCAAGACGUCAUUGACCGCGCCCAGACCUUGCUGGCCAAUGUGCAGAGCGUCGGUGCCUACAGUCACAGUCAGGGUGCACCGGGCAUCCGCAACAGUGUCGCCCAGUUCAUUGAGGACCGUGAUGGCUUCCCCGCCAACCCUCAGGACCUCUUCCUAACUGCCGGUGCCUCGUCUGGUGUCAGCACUCUGUUGAACGUUAUUUGCGAUAAGCCCAGCGCCGGUGUUCUAGUUCCCAUUCCCCAGUACCCUCUUUAUACCGCCACUCUGUCCCUCCUGAAUGCGCGAUGCGUUCCCUACCUCCUGGACGAGCAGAACGCCUGGGGCACUGAUAUCAAUGUGAUUGAAAAGUCCAUCGCGGACGCCAAGGCUGCCGGCACUGACGUGCGCUCCGUUGUCGUGAUUAACCCCGGUAACCCCACCGGUGCCUCGUUGAGCCCCGAGGACAUCAAGAAGGUCAUUGAUAUUGCCGCCACCGAGAAGCUGGUCAUUAUUGCCGACGAGGUCUACCAGACCAACGUCUUCACCGGCGAGUUCACCUCGUUCAAGAAGCGCCUCCGUCAGCUCCAGCAGGAGCAGCCUGGCAAGUACGAUGACGUCGAGUUGGUUUCCCUGCACAGUACCUCCAAGGGUAUGGUUGGCGAGUGCGGUCACCGUGGUGGUUACUUCGAGCUGGUCGGCUUCGACCCUAAGGUCCAGGAGCAGAUCUACAAGCUCGUCAGUAUCGGCCUGUGCCCGCCGGUCGUGGCGCAGUGCCUGCUCGAGACUAUGGUCAACCCUCCCCGCCAGGGCGAGCCUAGCUACGAGCUUUACCAGAAGGAGUACAACGGUAUCCGUGACGGUCUGCACAAGCGUGCCCUCGCUCUGUUCAAUGCCUUCCAGCGCAUGGAGGGUGUCGAGUGCCAGGAGCCCCAGGGUGCCAUGUACCUCUUCCCCACCAUCAACCUCCCCGCUAAGGCCGUCGAUGCCGCGAAGGCUGAGGGCCGCGCCGCCGAUGAGUUCUACGCCCUCGCCAUGCUCGACGCCACUGGUGUCUGCGUUGUUCCUGGCUCCGGUUUCGGUCAGAAGGAGAACACCCUGCACUUCCGCACCACCUUCCUCGCUCCCGGUACCGACUGGGUUGAGCGCAUCGUGAAGUUCCACUCCGAGUUCAUGAACAAGUACCGCUAA